AUGUCUACAGCUUCUUCCCCAUUCACUCAGGCUGUUGUGACGGCUAUGAGAAAGUUGUAUCCUGAGAAACUCGCUGAUAGUAGUUUCGAUAAUACGGGACUUUUGUUGGAGGCACCACAUCGCGAAAAUUAUCUCAAGGAUUCAGUCCUUCUGACUAUUGAUCUCACAAAGGGGGUUGCAGAUGAAGCUAUUCGCAGAAAAGAUUCAAUCAUUGUCACAUAUCAUCCUAUUAUUUUCCGACCUUUGAAAGCGGUCACACUAGCCAACUCCCAACAGAGUUCUCUGCUCCGUCUUGCCCAAGAAGGUAUCAGUAUUUACAGUCCUCAUACUGCUGUAGAUGCUGCACCGGGAGGCCUCAAUGAUUGGCUUGCCGAUAUAGUCACCAAUCGACCCUUGAAGAAGGAUCAAUCCACUGGUACCGAGUCCAUCGACCACGAACGCUCAAUCAUCAGUUCCGUCAAGGAUAUACCCAAUGGAUUUGAAGGUGCCGGAUAUGGCCGAGUCGUCCGAUUCAAGCAACCUCAGAAGCUAGGAGAUCUUGUUGCACGGAUACAAUCCUCGCUUCAAAUUGAAGGCCGCAUAUCCGGACUUUCCGUAGCAGUUCCACAAUCCAUACCUAGAGGGCAAAAGUCUUCUAUUGAAAUUUCUUCGAUUGGUAUUUGUGCUGGAUCGGGUGGAUCUAUGCUUAACGGUUUAGAUGUUGACUUGUUAUUCACUGGCGAAUUGAGCCAUCAUGAAGCUUUGGCGGCCGUUGAGCAGGGAAAAUGCGCUGUUACUGCGUUCCACAGCAACACAGAGAGAGCAUUUUUAAAGGACCGAAUGCAAGCUGCAUUGGCGGAAGCAAUGGAAGGAAAAGCGGAUAUUGCGGUAAGCGAGGUCGAUAGGGAUCCCUUUGAUAUCGUUCACAAGGAUGAGGUGAAUUGGUAA